AGAAGCCGCCACCUCAGAAGGAAGGGAUCACAUCAGAUGAGGUCAUGGCCCAUCUUGGAGACUGCCUUCUGUCCAUCAAGCCCCAGGAGAAGUCAGAAGGACUUCAGCUUAAUUUUCAGCAGAAUGUGGACAAUGCAAUGACAGUGCUGCCUAAACUGGCCACAGGUCUGGAUGUCAGUGUGCUAUUCACAGGUGUCUCUGAUUUUGAGUAUACACCUGAGUGCAGUGUCUUUGACCUACUAGGCAUACCUCUGUACCAUGGCUGGCUUGUUGAUCUACAGAGUCCUGAGGCUGUGAGUGCAGUUGGGAAACUGAGUUACAACCAUCUGGUAGAGAAGAUCAUCACCUGCAAGCACUCCAGUGACACCAACCUCGUGACAGAAGGCCUGACUGCAGAGCAGUUCCUGGAGACCACCGCCGCACAGCCGACCUACCAUGGUCUGUGUGAGCUAACAACAGCUGCCAAGGAGGGCGAACUUAGCAUCUUUUUCCAGAACAACCAGUUUAGCCCUAUGACGAACCACAGGGGUCACUUGUACCUACUGGUCACCGACCAGGGCUUUCUACAGGAGGAGCAAGUGGUGUGGGAGAGCCUGAACAACGUGGACGGAGACAGCUGUUUCUGUGACUCUGACUUUCACCUAAGUCACUCCCUGGGCAAGGGACCUGGAGGAGAAGGUGGGAGUGGCUCCCCAGAAAAGCAACAGCAGGUGGACCAGGACUACCUGAUCACCUUUUCCCUGCAGCAGCAGCAGCCGUCGCGAGGCACACUGGGUCUUAGCGACCUGGAGCUGGCCCAGCAACUUCAGCAAGAGGCGUACCAACAGCACCAAGCAGCUCAGCCCGUGUCAGCAUGGGCCCUGUCUCCGCAGGGGAGAGGAGCCGCAUUUGGAUGCCCGCAAAGGCCGAAGCAAGAGUCUGACUGUGUCCUCCUGUAG